UAUUGUUACCUCACUAGUCUAAUCAGAAACUAUCAGACUACUCCACGAUUUUGGUGAAAUACAAGUAACACUAUUACGAGACAUUUCAAUCUUGACAACAGCGCGAGUUCAGUUAAAUUGCAUUCGCGGAGUAUAUUGAGAUUGACUUUUUCAGCUAAAAUAACUAAAAGUCUGAUUUCCUGACCUAGUGUGGACAGCACUGUGUGACGAUGAUGGACAAAAACAAAUUGUCCCUUUGAAUUAAGCCAUUAAUUGCAGUUGUAUCUCGAAAUAUAUCUCUUGAGAAGUUUACAAGUAUUAAUCGGUUGAUAUCACCACAGAAUUAAUCGCCUGAUAUCAUCACGUCUAUAAAAACUGAAUAAACAAUGCCAGCUAUUGGAGCAUCACGUGAGUACUCGAAGAUAUCGUGCGAAGAAACUUCAUUGUUAAUUUCAAUAAAAGAUGGCAAGGAAGUAUCAAAACCGAAAAGAAACCGACGCCAGUGGCUGGUCUUGAUAAUGCUCGCCUUUGGAAAUUUUUGUAUUGCUUCUUGUGUUUCACUUCAGGCGCCAUUUUUUCCAAAAGAGGCAGAAAUGAAAGGAGCAACUCCAACACAAUACGGUUUGGUCUUCGGGGUGUUUCAACUCACAGUUUUCAUUAUUUCUCCAGUAUAUGGAAAAUUAAUGGCGCUAAUUACACCAAAGUUUAUGCUAAAUGCUGGAAUAUUGGUUGUUGGAGUAACGUCGAUUUUGUUCGGAGUACUCGACAGAUCACCAGAUGGCACCCCUUUCGUUGCACUAGCAUUUGCUGUGCGGAUUGUGGAAGGCUUAGGAUCCGCAGCAUUCACUACUUCGAGUUUUACUAUUAUUGCUGCAGAAUUUCCUCGAAACGUGGCUACUACGUUUGUGAGUAUACAAUUCUUCUUUGUGCCUCUGUAAAAAAAUACAAUUUAUUA